CCUAGGCUUACAUGUAACUUCACACCAUCACCAGUCAGUCUAACUUCAUGAAUUACUCUAGAGCCAGACUUUGGCUCAUGACAUGUCGCUGGCCACCAGGAUCAAGCUGAGCGUACCAAAAUGUCUGACCCAUCAGGAGUUCUGAAGAGAUAUGAAGAUGUGUGCGAGGAGAUGGGUGUCAAACCCACGGCUUUCAUAAUGAAAGUACUGGAGAAAGAAAAAGAUGACCAAAUAAUACGAGAGAGGAAGAAACUAGACCCUAAGGACAACAUGGAUAUCGUCCUACGCGGGAACAAUUACCUUCUGACCGACACCAGGCUGACCGACGCCGACAUGCUGGCGCUCUACAAGACCCUGGCCAACAACGUCUAUGUGACGGGCCUGGACCUGCGGUACAACAACAUGACAGACGAGGGCGCUGUACACAUCAGCAAGUUGCUGGAGGAAACCUGUGCGCUACGGACCCUGAACUUGCAGAGCAAUGACAUUGGACCAGCUGGCGCCGAGAAAAUUGCCAAAGCGCUGCAGGUGAAUGAAACGUUGGUCUCCCUGAAGCUGAACGGAAACAAGAUUGAGAACAAAGGUGGUAUGUGCCUGGCUGGCUGCUUACAGGUCAACACAGCCCUCCAAGAAUUGGACAUUGGAGAUGCCGACUUGGGCACUCAGAGCGUCAUAGCACUUGCCACCAUCCUCCAUCACAACACCACACUCAAAGCACUCUGUGUCAAUCGCUGCAUACUGUUCAGCCAACAAGAGGAAACCACGGUCCACAUGUCCCUCAUGCUCAAGGUAAAUAGCACACUCAAGGAGCUCCACCUUCAAAAAUGUGACAUCCGAGAUUUUGGAGCGGAACGUCUCGUGGAGGCCCUGCAGCAUAACAUCGCACUGACGUAUCUGGAUCUUGCUUGCAAUCGCAUCACGCGGGACGGCGCCAAGGCUUUCUCCAAGCUCCUCAAGCUAAACACUCCCCUGGAAAUCCUGGACCUAGGCUUCAACAGGAUAGAGGACGAUGGUGCGGUCAGCCUCAGCGAGGCUCUUAUCUCCCUGAAUUCAAACCUGAAGACGUUGGUCAUAACUAGCAACAAAAUUGAGGCUACCGGUCUGUGCGCCAUAGCACGAGCCAUGAACAACAACGCCACGCUGACCAGUGUCUUCAUAUGGGGCAACCAUCUGGAAGAGCUUGCGUGUGUGGCAUUUAACAGCCUGAUAGAGUCCGGCCGACUGGAUAUGAAGAACACAGACGUCAAGCCGUACGUCGUCGACGGCCACGUUAUGCUGGCCGAACUGAAUCACGGCAUCAGACGUCAUUACUACUGGACACCGUUCUACGGUCCAGACGCAGAGUAAAACCCACUCCACACCAAACCUCAAGAAAGUCUUAACGGCCGCAGAUAUGGGAUGCUAUCCCGAAGUCGCUGGCUGAGGAAAAUACAUGGAAACUCUCAUCCAAGUUGUACAUUUGGGAUUUCUUUUCACUGUUGAGACUAGUUACUUCACAUUAAAUUUUAUCCAUGUGAAGUGAGGAGUGAACAGGCUUCGAGGGAUGGGGUACAUGUAGGUUCGUUUCAGUGCUCGUCAAUUGCACCAUGUUUUGGUUAGAUGCUCUAAGAAUGGAUGGGAAUAUGUGGUUUAGGCAUCCAGUUGGUUGUACCUAGACAACAGAGCGAGCUAAGAUCCUUGCAAGGUGGUGUAGCGAAAACAUUUUUCCCGUUUACAAAAGCUUUCUUGCCUAAUACAUGUGCAUAUCACCCCCACCCCAAAAACAGUAACAAGUUUGACAUUAGUAUUCUCUUGUGAAAACUAGCUGGAUUGGAAACUUUUGUUAAUACUUAGAACUUUGUCAAUGUUACCAUUUUGCCAAAAAUUUGAGUCAUCACUUGAUGCUGUCAAUAAGUUUAUUUAAAGAUGACAUGCUUUUUGUUUUACCAAGCCCGCUAUUCCAUAACAAAAAGGCAAGAUACGAGCUCUAUACAUUUACGCAAGACGCUUGUUUGGGACCCGUUGUAAAUAUGACACAGCAAAUAUGAAUAUUUGUGUCACUGUUCGUAACCACUCCUAAAUGGAAGUCAUUGAAAGAAAAUGCACCGAUGACCACCUCUCUAAAUUAUGUAAAUAAUUUAUUUGUGCAAAUGAAUGUACAAUUUCUCACUAAGAGUUUACUGUAUCCUUUUCUUGCAUCUUAAUUGAGUCUUUUGAGGCCGUCUACACUUUACACGAAUUUGACAUGUCAAACAAGUUCCAUGUCACAAAACAUGUCACACAGCGUGAUUUGUUGAGAGUGAAAAUGCAUUUGGAAGUGACGAGGCCGUGACGUUAUAAGCCUACAACUGCUUUCGUGUCAAGUGUGAACGGGCCCCAUAAUCUCCCAUUCCGUCCAGUUCUCACUCAACCUUGUAUAUAUUUGUGCUCAAAAGAAUAAGACUUUGAUUAGACUCUGA